GCUGCUCCCCUUCCCCCGGCGGGGGCUGCGCGGGGCUGGAGAUGGAGCCGGCGGUGCGGCCGAGCGGGGAUAUCCUGAGGCGGAACCCGCAGCAGGACUACGAGCUGAUCCAGCGGGUGGGGAGCGGCACCUACGGCGAUGUCUACAAGGCUAGAAAUCUUCAUACAGGAGAACUGGCUGCUGUAAAAAUAAUCAAGUUAGAGCCUGGAGAUGACUUUUCAUUGAUACAGCAAGAAAUAUAUAUGGUUAAAGAAUGCAAACAUUGCAACAUAGUCGCCUAUUUUGGGAGCUAUCUCAGCCGUGAGAAGCUGUGGAUAUGCAUGGAAUACUGCGGUGGGGGAUCCCUCCAAGAUAUUUACCAUGUAACAGGACCUCUGUCAGAGUUACAAAUUGCAUAUGUAUGCAGAGAAACUUUACAGGGUCUUGCUUAUUUGCAUAUGAAGGGCAAGAUGCAUAGAGAUAUAAAGGGUGCAAAUAUUCUACUAACAGACCAUGGAGAUGUCAAAUUAGCUGACUUCGGCGUAGCAGCAAAAAUAACAGCCACCAUUGCGAAGAGGAAAUCAUUUAUUGGUACCCCUUACUGGAUGGCCCCAGAAGUUGCAGCGGUGGAAAAGAACGGUGGAUAUAACCAGCUCUGCGAUAUCUGGGCGGUUGGCAUAACGGCGAUUGAACUUGCAGAGCUUCAGCCACCCAUGUUCGAUCUUCACCCGAUGAGGGCUUUGUUUUUAAUGUCAAAAAGUAAUUUUCAACCGCCAAAGCUAAAGGAAAAAGCAAAAUGGUCAUCAACAUUCCAUAAUUUUGUCAAAAUAGCACUUACAAAAAAUCCAAAGAAGAGACCGACAGCAGACAGACUCCUUUCUCAUAGCUUUGUAGGGCAGCCUGGUCUUUCAAGAUCUUUAGCAGUUGAGCUGUUGGACAAAGUUAAUAAUCCUGACAACCAUACACACUACGGUGAAGUUGACGAUGAUGAUUUUGAGCCUCACUCCGUUAUCCGCCAUACAAUUCGUUCUACGAACAGGAACAUUAGGGCAGAAAGAACAGCAUCGGAGAUUAACUUUGAUAAGCUGCAGUUUGAGCCCCCUCUACGGAAAGAAACAGAAGCUCGGGAUGAAAUGGUUGUGGCAGCUGGCACUGACUUUGCUUCGCAUUGGAAUCCUUUUGUUGAUGGUGGAAGCAGCAAGGGACUGCUUACAAAAUUUGGCGAUGGGAGUGAAGAUGUUGAAGAAUCAACACUAAAGCGAGCAGGGCCACCUCCGCUACCUCCUAAGCCGAGAAUAAACAGUUAUCCUGAGGAAAACCUCCCAGAUGAUGAGAAAUGUCAGACAAUAAAACAUUUCCCAGACUCGCAGAACAGAGCCCCACCAGCUCACAGGAGACAAAGUAUCCCUGUUUGUGGGCCUCAGGUUGAUUCUUCCCCCGUUGGCAUGACCAGCAGCAUCAGUAGCCCUGGAUUGCUCACAGCUAGAUACAGCGACGUAGGAAACGGGGAUGGCAUGCUGAAACUCAUUGAAGAAAAUGCAGAAGGGUCUGGACAAAUCCCUCAACUGCCACGUAAAAAAGAGAAACGAGAUUUUCCUAAGCCAGCAAUCAAUGGUUUACCACCAACACCGAAGGUGCUGAUGGGAGCGUGUUUUUCCAAAGUCUUUGAUGGUUGUCCUUUGAAGAUUAAUUGUGCAACAUCAUGGAUACAUCCCGAUACUAAAGAUCAGUACAUUAUCUUUGGCACGGAAGAAGGUAUCUAUACUUUGAAUUUGAAUGAACUUCACGAAGCAACAAUGGAACAGUUAUUUCCCCGAAAGUGCACCUGGCUGUAUGUUAUCAAUAACACCUUAAUGUCCUUGUCAGGGAAAACGUUCCAGCUCUACUCCCAUAAUUUAAUAGCUUUGUUUGAACAAGCCAAAAAAACAGGAUUAGCUGCUCAUAUUCAAACCCAUAGGUUUCCUGACAAAAUAUUACCAAGGAAGUUUGCCUUAACGACAAAGAUCCCUGAUACAAAAGGAUGCCACAAAUGCUGUAUAGUACGAAAUCCGUACACAGGACAUAAGUACCUGUGUGGUGCAUUGCAGUCUGGAAUUGUUCUACUACAGUGGUAUGAGCCAAUGCAGAAAUUCAUGUUAAUAAAGCACUUUGAUUUUCCUUUGCCAAGCCCUUUGAAUGUGUUUGAAAUGCUAGUGAUACCAGAGCAGGAGUACCCGAUGGUCUGCGUAGCUAUCAGUAAGGGUACUGAACCCAAUCAGGUAGUUCAGUUUGAGACAAUCAACUUGAACUCUGCUUCUUCGUGGUUUACAGAAAUUGGUGCAGGCAAUCAGCAGUUAGAUGCCAUUCAUGUAACGCAGCUGGAAAGAGACACUGUCCUAGUCUGCCUGGACAAAUUUGUGAAAAUUGUGAAUUUACAAGGGAAAUUGAAGUCAAGCAAGAAAUUGGCCUCCGAGCUGAGCUUUGAUUUCUGCAUCGAGUCAGUGGUGUGCCUUCAAGACAGUGUGCUGGCCUUCUGGAAACAUGGCAUGCAGGGCAAAAGCUUUAAGUCAGAUGAAGUUACCCAAGAGAUAUCAGAUGAAACCAGGGUUUUCCGCUUACUGGGAUCAGACAGAGUGGUAGUGUUAGAAAGCAGGCCAACAGAAAAUCCGACUGCACACAGCAAUCUCUACAUCUUGGCUGGACAUGAAAAUAGUUACUAAGCGACAGUAACCUAACGCAAAUAACAGAGUGAAUUUGCCACACGAGGAACAAAGGAGCAUUAGGAAACUCAGUACAAGCGGGACUGUGACUUACCGUUUCUUUUCUUGAUGCCUAAAUGAUGUUGUUUUAGGGUGGAAAUCAAUACAUUUUUGCAGCUGGGAACAGCUGGUUCUGUCUCUUGCCACUGUGUGGUUGGUUAUAUCGAGUUUGCUUAAUAAAAGCUAUGAGAUAAAUAGCCCUUUACUCAUUAGUUAUAGAGAAAGAGAGCCUUUAAAAAAAUGUUAUGCAGUAAAGGUGCCAUAAACUGUUAAAUAUUUUACUUCCUUGGAUUUUCCUUAUGUUCUGUAGAUAUAGAUAUAGUGCUGGCUGUUUCCCUGUUUUAUACUGAAUCUUAUUCUUAAUAAAAAAGAUUUGUGUAGGAAGUGAAAGUAUCUGCAAAGCUUUUUGGUUUUAAAUCUGCCAUUCAGUAUGGCUUUGUAUAAUAGACUAUUUAAUCCUUAUUUAUUAAUCUGCUGCUAGAAUGGUGUAAUGUAUCUAACUUUUAGCAAAGGAAGGUUGCAGAGCAGCUUACAAUUUUUUUUUUUACAGUUGUAUAAAGGUUUGAUUCUUCUUUUUUUCUUCUAGGGAUGUAGUGCAUUAUUGAGGGGUAUGUUACAAUGUUGGUUGAUCUUGUAAAAAUGCAGUUUUGUACAACAAAGUAUUUUGUAUUGAUUUUCUGCCUGCAGAAUUGCCAUAAAAGGGAUUUUCAUAUUUACUAGAUGUAGGGUGUGUGUACACAAAAUAUAAUAUUGAUAUCAGACAUGUUGCUACUGGGUGGGUGUGUACAAUAUACGUGUGUGUGUGCAUGUGUGUUAAGUUGACUGGCAGUGUGUAUUUUUUUUAUAUAUAUAUAUUUAUAUAUAUAUAAAAAUGUACAAAAUAUAUAUGCUUUAUUUUCAUAAAUUAGGGAUAAGCCUUGUGACGUGAAAUGGAAAUUGUACCUGGUCAUCAUCCUUAAUGAAUGAAAGUAUCAUGUAUCAAACUGCCCAUGACGUAUAGUUUAUUUAUACUGUUCCAGAGGGGAACCUAUAGCGAUAACGGAGCUUACGAGCUUUUUUGUUUGUACAGCCAUCCAACUGCUGUCAGUCAGACAGUCGUUUGGAAAUGGUUAUUUCCCCAGCUGUGUAGUAUAAAUAAAUAUGAUAAGAACCAGUA